GCAAAUCGCCGUUCUAAUUCCAUCUUCCACUCUUGCAGCUCGAUCCCGUCUCGGCUAGCUACAUCAGAAUUUAAAACCCUCCUCGCCGUACCGAUAUUUCACCGGCCCCUAACUUUUGCCCCCGUCCAUCCAUCCAUUCAUCCCGUCACAUCACCUUUCAUCGCCCGCUGUCUCCUCCCUCCCCGGCCCAUAUUCACCUCCCCCCUCCCCUCCCCCUCCUUGAAGAGCUAGCGUUGCUAGAGCCUCCAUUAAUACACCCCACAAGCUUCACUUUCCUAGCUCCCCCUCUCCUGCUACGUACUGCUCGGCUGCUCCAGUUCCCCUCUUGGACCGUCCGUCGCCACAGCCCACAGGAUCGAUGUCAAUCGAUCCAGCGUGUAGCUGAAGCUCCCACACCAACAUCGAUCGAUCCUCCUCCUGCCACCUCGUGCACGUUCUUGCAGUGGGUAGACUACGUACGAGCGAUACAUAUAGAUCUUCUGUGGCCUCCGUUCGUUGAUCUAGCUUGCUUUGUUGGUGCCGCGGGAAAUAUCUCCCCGGCCGGUCCCUGUUCUUCACUGGAGAGGAUCGGAGCUGCAAAGUGAGUGCCGGAGCUAGAUCGAGCUAGGAUGGACUUGGUACCGCACCCGGACAGCCCGCACUCGGACAACAACAGCGGCGGCGGCGGCGGGGUCGCUGCAGCAUCCUCAGCCGGCGCGUCCCCCUUGUCGUCCCCGAGCCGGUACGAGUCCCAGAAGCGUCGCGACUGGAACACGUUCGGGCAGUACCUGCGGAACCACCGGCCGCCGCUGUCGCUGGGCCGUUGCAGCGGCGCGCACGUGCUGGAGUUCCUGCGGUACCUGGACCAGUUCGGCAAGACCAAGGUGCACGCGCAGGGCUGCCCCUUCUUCGGCCACCCGAACCCGCCGGCGCCCUGCCCGUGCCCGCUCAGGCAGGCCUGGGGCAGCCUCGACGCGCUCGUGGGCCGCCUCCGGGCCGCCUACGAGGAGAACGGCGGCAGGCCCGAGAACAACCCAUUCGGGGCCCGCGCCGUCAGGCUCUACCUCCGCGAGGUCCGCGAGCACCAGGCCAGGGCGCGCGGCGUCAGCUACGAGAAGAAGAAGCGCAGGAAGAACAACCCUGCUGCUGGCCCGCACCACGGAGACCUUAAUGGCAAUAGCAGCAACGGCGUCGGCCACCACCACCACAUGCCUCCGCCGCCGCCGCCGCCGCCUUCCGGUGCCGCCGUGUGAGCUAGCUUUAGAGCCGUCUGCACCCAGAUCGAUCAACGGCUUCACUACCACUGCCGGCCGGCUGGCAGCGUCGCUGCGCGUGUCAGUCGUCGAUCCCCCCCGGCCCUACGUAUUCUCCUCACAUGUACUCUCGUACCAUCCAUCUAUCUCUGCUGCUAGCUAGCUGCAGUAGUUCUUGCCACUAUUAUAUAUCCCUAGCUAAGACGACGAUCGAUUUCUGCUCCUACGGGCGAAUUAGUUCCUGAUCCGUGGAUCCAUGCAUGCUUGUUAUCGAUUCCUCGCGGUAUUAAUUUUGCUCAUCAUUUUUUCAGCUAGCUUGCAUGGUUAAUUGAUCCAGCUAAUAUGAUCUCUUAUGCUCCUUUGUAAUCGGUGAAAUUAAUUGAUCAAUCUCGCGCGCUA